UUUACCGUUAGCUGUUUGGGUCCUUCGCCGCACAGAAUUGUGGGAAUUCUUCUUUUGCAGCAAUGGCUUGGCUUGUAGUCAGAAUAGCAAUAUCUGUGUCUUUAUUUUUUACUGCAUCGGCGGUAUUUGAAGACCAAGUUGGAAAGUUUGAUUGGAGGCAACAGUUUAUUGGCAAAGUGCGUUUUGCCUUGUUUGAUACUCAUUCACAAGCGUCUAAAAAACUCUUGGUGGCGACAGACAAGAACGUGUUUGCUUCUCUCAAUUCCAGGACUGGCGAUUUGUUCUGGCGUCAUGUGGAUAAAACUGGACCCGAGGGCCAAAUUGAUUCACUUCUUAUGUAUGGACAAGAUGCUAUUGUAGUUGUUGGAGAUGGACGUCUGCUUCGUUCAUGGGAGACUACAGUUGGUGGCUUGAAAUGGGAAACAGUGCUUGAUACUGGGAGCUUUCAAGAUGCUGCUUUUGUUGGAGUUCAAGAUCUUGUCAAGUAUGUUGCUGUGCUUAAAAAAACAGCAAUCUCUUUCCAUGACCUCUCGAGCGGUGGCCAGAUAUGGGUGGAAAAUCUGCCUGACAGUGACUCUGUGCAGUACCAAACUGUUUAUUCUGGAGGUGAUGGACUGGUAUUUGUUUUGGGACUUGUCCCAAACUCCCAUAUUGUUAUCGUUGAGUACAAAAUUGAAGAUGGAGAAAUCAUGAAUAAGAAAACAGUUGAAGCUGCAUGGAUGUCAAGCCUGGAAAACAGUUGUACAAUCGUCAGCUCAGGGAUCCUCUUGUGUGUGGAUCAGAUCACACAGUCUCUGUAUACUCUACCACUGCAGCCUGCCGAACAGACAGAACUGAGACAGAUACACCUUCAGACUCUGGAUUUGGAGGUGGCUUCUGGAUUUCAGCCUGUUUUGACAUCCACCCAGCCGAACCCUGCUCAGCCUCCGCUGGCUGAGUUCUUCCUGAAGCUCAGUCCAGAUCAUCACAUACUUCUGCAGCUCAAUAAUGGCCUCAUCGCUCCGCUACGAGAUUUCAAUCCGUCAAAUCUGGUUGCUUUUGCCACAACUGGAGAGAAAACGGUUGCUGCAGUGAUGUCACCGAAGAAUGACACUGCUUGCAGCAUCAACUUAUUCAGUGCUGACACAGGCCGAAGGCACCUAGACACCACCAUCAUCUAUCAAUUGGACCCUAAUGGAGGAAAGCCAAACAGAUUAUACGUCCAUGCUUUUCUGAAGAAAGAUGACUCUGUGGGCUACAGAGUCAUGGUGCAAACAGAAGACCUCACGCUUACGUUUUUACAGCAACCUGGCAGGGUGGUCUGGAUGAGGGAGGAGGCCUUGGCUGAUGUGGUCACCAUGGAGAUGGUUGAUCUGCCACUCACAGGAACACAGGCCGAGCUGGAGGGAGAGUUUGGGAAGAAAGCCGAUGGGCUCUUACCCAUGGUCUUGAAGCGCCUCUCAUCCCAGUUCAUCCUGCUGCAGUCCUGGAUGGGCCAUCUUUGGAAACUUUUCUACGAUGCCCGGAAACCUCGCAGCAGUGUGAAGAACGACGAGGUCACCAUUGAGACUCUGUCUCGGGAUGAGUUCAACCUGCAGAAGAUGAUGCUGAUGGUCACCGCCUCUGGAAAGCUUUUUGGCAUUGAUAGUAAAUCGGGAACUGUUUUGUGGAGGCACUACUUACAAAACAUCCAGCCCAACUCGGUUUUUAAAUUGAUGGUCCAAAGGACGACUGCUCACUUUCCUCAUCCUCCACAGUGCACACUUCUUAUUAAGGAUAAGGACACGGGUCUUGCAAGCCUCCAUGUCUUCAAUCCGAUUUUUGGCAAGAAGAGUCAUAGUAGUGUUCCAGCCUUACCCAGACCAAUCCUUCAGUCUCUGCUGCUGCCUAUCAUAGACCAGGACUACGCUAAAGUCCUGUUGCUUGUUGAUGAUCAAUAUAAGGUCACUGCUUUUCCAUCUACUAAAAACGUCCUCCAGCAGCUUCAGGAAACUGCAUCCUCUAUAUUUUUCUACCUAGUGGACACCAGCCAGGGCAAGCUGUCGGGUUUCCGUCUGCGCAAGGAUUUGUCUACAGAGCUGAUCUGGGAGGUGGUCAUACCCACUGAGGUCCAAAAGAUCGUGGCUGUCAAGGGAAAGCGUGCCAAUGAACACGUUCAUUCCCAGGGCAGAGUGAUGGGUGAUCGUAGUGUGCUGUACAAGUACCUGAACCCUAAUCUCUUGGCUGUGGUGACGGAGAGCACAGAUACCCAUCAGGAGCGUAGCUUCGUUGGAAUCUUCCUGAUUGACGGCGUGACUGGUCGUAUUGUGCACGAGGCGGUGCAGAGGAAGGCCAGAGGACCUGUUCACUUUGUGCACUCAGAAAACUGGGUGGUGUAUGUGUACUGGAACUCCAAGUUUCGUAGGAAUGAAUUUUCUGUAUUGGAGCUCUUCGAGGGAGCCGAGCUUUAUAACAGCACAGUGUUUAGCUCUCUGGACCGACCAAAUCCACCUCAGGUUCUGCAGCAGUCGUACAUCUUUCCUGCUCCCAUAAGCACCCUGGAGGCCACGCUUACAGAGAAAGGCAUCACCAGCCGCCAUCUUUUGGUGGGGCUGCCAUCAGGCAACAUUUUAUCCCUACCAAAGAUGUUCCUGGAUCCACGGAGACCAGAGAUGGUCUCGGAACAGAGUCGGGAGGAAAAUCUCAUACCGUAUGCUCCAGAAAUGCCUAUUCGCACAGAAUGGUUUAUAAACUACAACCAAACUAUAUCGAGAGUAAGAGGUAUCUACACUGCCCCCUCUGGCUUGGAGUCUACCUGUUUGGUGGUAGCAUACGGUCUUGACCUCUACCAGACCAGAGUGUAUCCCUCCAAGCAGUUUGACGUUCUUAAGGACGAUUAUGACUAUGUACUGAUCAGCAGUGUACUCUUUGGGCUCUUCUUUGCUACCAUGAUCAGUAAACGUCUAGCGGAAGUGAAACUGCUCAACAGGGCAUGGCGAUAAGACACAUCCUAAUGGCCUAUUGACUUCGCUCUCGUCCUCGCUGCAAUGUGUUUUGACACAUUGAUGACAGGAGACAAGCUGGUGACCACGUCAAGACCGCAAGAUCGUUUGAUAAGUUUGGUGUAUUUUUUAAAGCCAGCUGUCUCGGGGUUAUUGCGGUUGUUUGAGUGUAAGUGCAUAGACGGCCACGAUAGUUUUUCCCUAUUCAGAGAGAUGUAAUGAUGUAGGUCAUUUUUCCCACUUCUAACAUUGAACAGUUCACUGUCUAAUUUGUUAUUUAUUGCACCUUUCGGGGUAACACAAAUUAAGUAGAUUUGCCAACUAUAACAUGAUUAGAAAUGAAAUCUCAUCUCAUAUUUAUUGGAUGUCCCUCUGUAUGCCUGUUUUACCUGUUUUACAUUUCAUGCUGGGACGAGUCUGCUUAUUGGGAGCUUGAUGGAUGGAUUACGUGUAUUUUCAGAAUAAAUAUUGGUGACGUAACUGCAAAGGGACAUUAUUCAAUGAUAUGAUUGGAUUUUUGAAUAUAAUUUUGAGUAAUUAUUUAUAUCUGAACUUAGGAAAUGUAUUAACUAUGUAUAGGUUUAAUGCAUUUGCAGGGAUUUUAAUGGGCAAACACUAGUGCGCAUAAGAACUGUGAAAUUUCAGAAGACGUUUGGAUUUUUUUCUCCUAUAAAUUAAUGAUAGAAGGAUUUGCAUUGAUUUAGCUAAAUCAUUUUGGUAGUCUUUUGUAGUUAUUGUAUUUGUCACAUGCACUGGAUGGUUCAAAGCUGAUUUUCUUAACAUAUUAAUGAUAUAGAUAAUUCUAAUAUGCCAUAUCAUACUUUGAUUUAUGUCUUGUUCAUGUUACAAACCCUUUGCGAUUUUACUAAUGUCAGAUAUUUUCACUGUUUUUGUUUGAUUUUCAUAAAUUACAGGCCUGUUUAUAUGCUUUAACAAAUUUGAAAGGAUCCCCUUUGCUGCAAACUGAAUAAUGAUGUCAGAUAGUAAGAUUUUAAUAAUUGUAUCACCAGAGUAGACAAUUGAAUUAAUAUCAAAUCUGUUUCUUAAACAUGCAUUAAUUUAUUUCUUUUCCCCUGUUAUUGAUAAUAAAAGUUGGCCAAUUCUUAA